AAUCAAUCAAAUUUCAUGGAUUCUUCUCUUAUCUUGGCUCUCACUUUCAUAGCAAAAAUUCGGUUUACGGUUACAGAUGAGCUUUACAGAGCCUUUCUCCAGGGUUUUGGCAACCUUCGGAAAGGAACUUGGGGUUUAGAAGACUUAGAUCGUGAAGUGACUUUGCUUUUUGAAGAUUAUCCUGAUUUAAUCGAGGAGUUUCGAAGCUUUCAAAUGGAUUGCCAGCCGGAUUUUGGUGUUUGUGACGAUGAAGUCAAGCAGUUAUGGAUUCCCUUUUGCAUGAUGGUACAGCAGAGUCACAGUUUUGAGCAAUAUCUAAAUUUCUUGAAACAUAGAACCUACUUUAAUGGGUUUGCAAAAAAUCCAUUGUCGAAAUCGGAAAAGCCGAAGAAGAAGAGGAAGGGAAUCCCUGAGGUUGAAUCGAAAUCAGAAAAGAGCAGGAAGAAGAAACGCUGCACCCCUAGCUAUGAAUUCCUACGGAAUUAUGACCCUAAGGCGGCUGAAGUUGCGGCAGAUUGUGAGUCUGAGAUGGUUGUUGCAACUCCAUUAGAACCAAAAGACAGUGAUCCCAGGAAAGUUCUAAAUUCCUCCCUGGUCUGUGUCCAACAAACAGAGUAUGCCACUAGACCACCGAGGCUCCAAACACCACAAGAAAAGAUGAUGAAUGAAAUCGAAGACGAUCUAUUCCAAUUGGAUAUGACAUUGGCAUGGUUUAGAUCUGCAGCUGAGAAUAUAGAGGAAUUUUUUAAGGAGAACAAGGUGGAAGGUACUGAUAUCAGAGAACAUCUGACUGCCAUGAACUUGAGGUGCAUUGAAAAUCUGUAUAAAAAACAUCCUGAUAUUUUGAAGUAUUUGUAUGAAAAUCCAGUCGAGGGUCUGCCUGUCUUAUCGAGGCAACUAAGGCGAAAAGAAGAGGAGUUGAAGGAGAAGAAAGAAGAGAAGAUGAAGAAGAUUCAUGGGGCGUUGGAGGAGAAGAAAGAAGAGUGGAAACAGCUUCACUUCAGGCAUAUCCUGCCUGGUUUGCUGAGUUGCUCUCAGGAUUAUGAAAAGAGUUGAUUGUAUUUGUAUAUGUUUUAAAGUCUUCAAACCCUUAUUCUAUAGAAAGAACUACGAUUAAAUAAAUGAAAGCAAUUCUG